AUGGCUACGCUUGUCUUGAUCGAGCAGCAGCAGACACGAUGGAGUGGGAGCGAGCGGACUUCCUCCCUCCUCCCUCCUCCCUCAUCCCUCGAGACCAUCAUGGUGUUUCGGGGAGCCGCAUCGACGCUGCAGAGACAUACAUACUUCUACAUGCUUGGAGGAUCUCCUGCGCUCCACGCCGCCGCCCAGGAGAUUGGAGGAGGAGGAAACCCUGAUCUCGCAUCUUUCACGAAGAGAUGUUUUCAAUCUCGAUCCAAGGGAAUCAGCUCAGCAGCCUAG